AUGGAUAACAAUUCAAAUGAUAAAUUCACAUGGAUGAUUGGUUUGAGAGUUCGCAUCAAGAAUACAUUGGCUGAGCAAUUCGAAGGAGAAAUCUUCAGUUAUGAUCCAACAACAACUUGUAUUACAUUAUUGAGUGAAGAUGGAUCACUACCAAUGUCAAGAAAACAUAUUGUUAGAGUGAUUUUGGAAUCAACCAUUACAGAGGUAUCGGUGAUUGGAUCACCAGAGGAUUCAUCGACACCAAGCACCACCACACAAUCGAUCUGUGAAAUGACAACACUGCCAGCAAUCAACUUACAAUCAAUUCAGAAGCGAUGUGACAAAGCAUUAUAUCAAGCACAGAUCCAAGCAUCAAAGAUCGGUGUCGGUGUCACCCAAGAAGCACAAGAAAUUUUUUAUUCAUUAUCAAAAACUUUACCAUGUUCAUGGCAAGGAAAAACCAUUGUUGUUUUGGAUGAAAUUAAGAUAUCGAGCCCAUAUACUGUAGAUAGUUGUGUUGGAAGUAACCAUCAUUCAUUAGAAAGAGUUAAACAAAUUGUAUGUAUAAAGAAAGUUAAACAACAAACAUUCUCACCUUUCACCUGA